AUGCUUUUAGAAGCUUGGAAAGGCUUUGAGGAUGAAUUUGGUGAUAAAGAGAGUGAAAGCAAAGAUAAACAGCUGAUGCCAAGGAAGGUGACCCGCAGACGACAGGUCACAACAGAAGAUGGGUCACAGAGCCGUUGGGAGGAAUUUGUAGAUUAUAUUUUCCCAGAUGAUGAAGCUGCCAAACCAUCUCUCCUUCUUUUAGCUAAAGCUAAAGAAUGGGCUAAGAAACAACAGGUGGAAAAAGAUAAUGAUGAAACUCAAGAUGUUAAAGGCGACAAAGAAGGUUAUGAAGAAACUGCUCCACUCGACCCAAAUAUUGACCGUGAUGACAGUGAGGUAGAAAUUGGAACAACAAGCAGUGAAUCCUCUAGUGAAAGUGAGGAGAAAGGGAAGGAUGCAAGAAAAGAGAAAAUACAUAAAAGAAAGUCAAGUGGGAAUCUUGGGAGAGGAGAAAGAAUGCAAAGAGCACAAAGAAGAGAAAGUUUUGAUACAUCUAGCAGCAGUAGCAGUGACGAAAACAAUGAAAAAGUUGCCAAAGAAAGGAAAAGCAGCCCUGACAAAGAAAGGCAAGAGAGAAGAUCUUCAGAUAGCAGUGACAGCAGUGGCAGUGAUGAUGAUGAAAGAAAAAAAAGAAAGAGGUCAAGUAGUGAGAGUGACAGUAGCAGUGACGAUAGAGCAAGUAGUAACCACAAAAAACGGUCACGUAGUAGGGAAAGCAGUAGAAAUCGUGAUAAAGCUUCUAAAGGGAAAAGGUCAUCUAGUGAUAAUGAUAGUUGA